AUGGUUGAGAAUAACGCUCUCCUCGUGACGGGCGGUGUCGUCGUCGUCUCGAGCAUCGCCAUCUACAUCUACUUGAAAGCAACGAAGACGUGUCCGUUCUCUUUCUGCAAAAAGGUAAUGUUUCGCAACAAUCCUCCCUAAUUCCAUAAUUCUCAAGUUUUCAGACCGAAAAACGUACUCUUGUGGAUGACGGGAACAAGUAUUUGUUGCCACUCAUCGAGAAGUUCGAGAUCAGCCACGACACGAGAAAGUUCCGAUUCGGCCUGCCGUCCAAGGAUCACAUUUUGGGACUUCCGAUUGGACAGCACGUGUAUCUCAAUGCAAUUGUGAGAGAGAUUCUAGCCGAAUCUUGGAUUUAAUUGCAAUAAAUUCAGAUCGAGGGAAGAGUGGUUGUGCGUCCGUACACUCCAGUCUCGAGCGAUGAGGAUAAGGGAUUCGUCGAUUUGAUGGUCAAAGUGUACUUCAGAAACACGAAUGAGAAGUUCCCGGAGGGCGGAAAGAUGAGCCAGCACUUGGAAUCACUCAAGAUCGGAGAGACCGUAAGAGCAUACUAAUCGAUCCGCUGAUUUAAUUCUUCUGUAAUUAAGAUCAGCUUCCGUGGCCCGCAAGGAAACAUCAUCUACAAGGGACACGGACUUUUCAGCAUCCGCGCCGACAAGAAGGCGGAGCCAAAGGAGCGCGUUUUCAAGCAGAUCUCGAUGAUCGCCGGAGGAACUGGAAUCACGCCGAUGCUCCAGGUCAUCGCCGCCAUUCUCCGCGACCCGACCGACAGCACCAAGAUCCGUCUGCUGUUCGCCAAUCAGACCGAGGAGGACAUUCUGUGCAGAAAGGAGUUGGAUGAGCUCGCCGAGCAGCAUCCGGAUCGCUUCCGUGCUUGGUACACCGUCGACAGACCGCCCGCAGUGUGGAAGUACUCGUCCGGGUUCAUCAACGACGAGAUGAUCAAGGCCAAUCUGUUCGCUCCCAGUGCCGACUCUGCCGUCCUUCUGUGCGGACCACCUCCGAUGAUUAACUUCGCGUGCACUCCGAACCUCGACAAACUCGAGUACGACCCAGCCAACCGUCUUCUCUUUUAA